AAACCGUUUAUAGGGCCGGGCUGUAAUGUUAACACCCAAAAAUGGCAUCGCUUAGAACCACCACAAACUUUCUCGUCCGGGAAAUUUUCCGUCCGUCAAUACAGUUGUCAACUGUUCGAUUCAUCCACAUCCCGCCGGCGCCAUUUCCGGCGACGAGCCUUGUUGUGAGUCAUCGUCUUUUACUACGCACAAUCUCCUAUAGUCCCGUCAGGUGCGCGGCGGCAUCUGACGGCGGUGCCGCCGAUGGAAAGAAGUCGCCGGCGCGGCUUGCUCAGGUUAAGCAGCUGUUAAAUGAAGCCACGGAACGAGCUCAAGCUGCCGGCAAUGAUCCUAUCCCUAAGAUUACAAUUGAUCAUGUUAUUGUUAACUUUGCAAGAAGCGGAGGUCCUGGAGGUCAAAAUGUCAAUAAAGUAAAUACCAAGGUGGAUAUGCGGUUUAAUGUAAAAAAUGCUUAUUGGUUAAGUGACAGAGUCAGAGAGAAGAUUUUGCAAAUGGAAAAGAAUCGGAUAAAUAAGGACGGAGAGCUUGUGAUCUCUUCAACAAAGACGAGAACUCAGAAGGGUAACAUUGAAGAUGCUUUGAGUAAAUUACAGGCUAUAAUAGAUGCUGCUUCUUAUGUACCUCCGCCUCCAUCUGAAGAGCAAGUGAAAAGAAUAGCAAAAUUGGCUGCUAUUGGAGAGCGCAAACGGCUUGACAAUAAGAAGGCUCAAUCACAAAAGAAGGCUAUGCGAAGAAGCAAAGACAGUUGGGACUGAUUCCAAGAGUUUGCGAUUGGCAUGCCCGAUUCUUGUCCAACAUAGGCAUUGGUUCUUCUAUCAAAUUCUCCCGGUGCUUUGAUCAUGUCCUUUGUCCUAUUUCUAUACGAUACCAAAAUGGUUUAAGGAAUUAGUAUAAAAUCCAUCUCUGUAGGUCCUAUGAAAGCUUCUUGAUAUGACUAUACAGCUAAAAGAAUCUAGACUUUGUCGACCAGCCUAAGCUUUAGCUGAGAGGAUUACUGAAAGCCUUAUCUUGAACUUCCUUUCCUUUCUGAAGAUGCUGAUAUUAGAUAGAUAGUUGACAAAAGAAGAAUAAGGUGGCCACACGUCUUUCUUUAUGUACUCGGUUCUCAUGUAUGGAUGGAUACAUUUCACAUAAUUUUGUACGAAACACUCCUAUUUGGGACAAUGAACCAGAUUCCAAUUUUUAAAAUCUGAAACGAGGGAAUAUUUUGGCCA